CAAUCACAACAGCGCGUUGAUCAAGUGUGGUUGGUCUGGUUGUUUGCGAUUCACACACGCAAGUUAGCCUGCUAGCGUUGGCUAAUUAGCGUAACGUCACUUUCUUAGUUUUAUUCACAUUUAUUGAUAAUAAACGUUGUUUGGUUAGUAGAUGUAAGAGGCGUGCUUACCACAGCUUUGCGUCGUUUUCACCGAAGUGGAUGGUUCCGCACUUUCAUUUGCCUCUGCACAACAUUACUGCAUGUUGAUUACAAGACCAUGAAGGUGAACAAAAACACCCAGAUAAAAGGUAAAGCUCAAAAAUGGAAAGAUGUGAGGAGCAAACGAUGCAGAUCUUCCAUCAAGCCUUCAGAGCUCAACUCUAGUCCUGUUAUAGUCAAGAUGAUAAAGGAGCACCAGGUGUCUGUGAAGAAAAAACCCUCGGUCAAGAGGUUAAAAAAUAAACCAAAAACUGUUUCUGAAAACAAGAAAAACUCUCCUGGAUCUGGAUUGAACAAGCCCAACUCUCAAGCCAAUGGGUGCUCAACGUUUGCAUUGGAUGACGAGAAAGAAGACUUUCAGGACUGUAGGGAGGGUUCUGAGUCUGUUCAUGCAAAUGGUAUGGAGACCUCAGAAGACACAGAAGAAGUCCAAGCAGGUAGACUGGAAGGGGAAGCUCUUCAUCACUGUGCACAAAGAGGGAACCAACAAAAUCGGGCAGUGUUGGUCAUGCAAAAAAAUCAGACCAUGUGCUUCCGCGGGAAGUGCAUUGUGACCUGUUUAUAUGGUCGUGUUGAAGUAAUGGGAUUUACCAUUGAUGAGGGUCAAAGGUCAUACCCCCUCUUUUCCCCAGCUUCACACUGCCCUCUCACAAUCAGAGCACUGGGAAACUCUGAUUACAUCAGAGAUGACAGAACAGAGGCUUCUAACAUCCUUCAAGAUUAUCUCUCGCAAGCAUCGCGGAAGAAGCUGGUAAAAAAGGUAACGCAGACGUCAUCCAUCAUCCUGCUGGAUCCUUUGGAGACACCUCUGACACGCUUUCUGUCAAGCUUUACACAUCUCAGUGAACUGUUCAGCCCCCCUGCGAGUGAACUUAUGUCGGCCGUCCUUGACACCCCACUGAACAGUCUGGGUAUGAUUCCCCUAGGCAGCACCAUCGAGGGACUGAAAACAUCCAGGAGCUGCAGAGAUGCUCUUAGCACAGUUGUCAGUGCUUGCAGAGGAGACAUAGACGGCUGUGCUGUUAUUCUGGUGUGUGGGAUCAAGAAUGUGGGUAAAUCAACAUUUAUCCGGCUCCUCAUCAAUACGUUACUGAAUCAUACUUCUAGUGUCGACUAUUUGGAAGGGGAUCUUGGUCAAACAGAAUUCACCCCUGCUGGUUGCCUGUCUUUGGCCACGGUCAAAGAACCACUUCUGGGUCCUCCAUUUACACACCAACUCGCAUCCGAGCACAUGAUCUACUAUGGUCAGCAUUCAUGCGAGACAGACUUGGACCGUUACCUGGAGUCUCUGAAGUCCUUGUGGCGCAGACGUCCACAGAGCAGAGAAAUGCCUGUCAUCAUUAACACCAUGGGUUGGGUCAAAGGGUUUGGAUUCCAGCUGUUGGUGGACCUAAUCCGCUUCCUCCCGGUCACUCAUGUCGUGCAGCUCAGUCACGGAGGCACCACCCAGUGUCCGUCCCUCACUCCGGAGUAUCUGAGGACAGCACAAGGGUAUCAUACGCGCCCGCCCACUCAGACCGCUCUGAACGAGUUCACAGAGACCCACUACCCUCCCAGAACAUACACCCACCUCAACGUACAGUCAGAGUUUCAAGGCGUGGGACGGCAAGGGACAGCAACACACCAGCGUUCUAAUGAACACAGAGAGUUGUCAUUGCUGGGCUACCUGAGUCAGCUGCAAUCUCCUGACCCCGGACCAGUUAGACCCCUGCAUACCCUGACCCCAUACCAGGUACCUAACACAGCAGUGGCUUUGGGUGUUAUGCAUUGUGAGGUGGCGCCCUCUCACAUGUUUUACGCUGCCAAUGCCAGUCUGGUGGGACUCUGCUGCCUGGCAGAAAAAGUAACAAGCAAGGGAGGGCCUGUUGUCCUAUCUCAAGCAACCCUUUGCCCAUGUGUAGGGUUUGGUGUCCUUCGAGGUAUUGACAUGACACGAGGUUUGUACUUCUUGCUGACUCCAGUAGAUCCUUCCAUCCUCAGAAAGGUCAACUGCCUCCUCUUGGGGGCGAUUUCAUUGCCUUCGUGCAUCCUGACUACACAGCCUGGCUUUGAGAGCGAGAUGCCGUAUGUUACUGCAGACUACAGCUUCGAUCUCACCGGUGCAGGAAAACUACGAGUCUUCAAGGGACUGAUGAGGCCCAGUCUGAUGGGAGUGCAGUGACCUGACUGCACCGCAUCAGUUUGUUAGCCUUUACAUUUCAUGACUUGUCUUGCAUCAGACUUGUCAUCACUGAGCUGUGAAUGUGCAGAACUGAAGUUGAGUUCGCAGCACAAUAUUGACUCUUGGAGGGGGUUCACUGCGAUCCUCUUAGUGAACAUCCUUUUUUGGCAAACUCAGGUGCUUGGAUAACGGACUUGGUUGUCUACUGUACCUCUGUUGGUUCUUGAAAGACAUUAUAAGCUGCUGCGGAUCACAAGGACAUCGAUGUAUAACAUGAAGCCUUCUUUUAGCUUUUGUUUGUCACAUUCCAAAACUAAAAACCUGCCAGAUAAUAAACGAAAAAACUUC